GAAGACGAAGAAGAAAUAGACCACGAAGAAGAAAUUUGUUUGAUAGCAUGGUUCUUUCCUCUGCCUGAAACGUUUCUAGACUUUGUUCGCGGAUUUGAAAAUUGCAUGUAAUUUUGUCAAAAGACAGUCAGAUUUGUGCUUCGAUAGGUGGUAAGAUUUCCAGCUAAAGUUGUGCGUAAACCGCAAGUAAAUAAAAAGGCGAAGAAGAAGAAGCCAAGCAGACAAGCAUGGCUGUGGACAUGAGACUACCGACUAUUAGAAAAACUGUGUCGUUAUCAGCUGCUGCUUUCGACCGAAAAGACCUGGUAGUCCCCGGCGAUGUCAUCACUUCAGACACUGGUUUCAUGAGGGGUCAUGGCACUUAUGUUGAUGAAGACAAGCUGACGGCUUCAGUCGCUGGAGAGGUACAAAGGGUGGACAAACUAAUCUGUGUCAGGCCCCUUAAAACCAGAUUUAAUGGUGAGGUCGGAGAUGUUGUGGUUGGCAGAAUUACAGAGGUACAGCAGAAACGGUGGAAGGUGGAGACCAACUCGCGGCUGGACUCUGUCCUCUUGUUGUCUUCUGUCAAUCUGCCAGGAGGAGAGCUGAGGAGAAGAUCAGCAGAAGAUGAGCUCACCAUGAGGGAAUACCUGCAGGAGGGAGAUCUCAUCAGUGCAGAGGUGCAGUCUGUCUUCUCAGAUGGAGCUCUCUCACUUCACACCCGUAGUUUAAAGUAUGGAAAAUUGGGUCAAGGUGUGCUCGUACAACUCCCCUCUCUGAUCAAGAGGCAGAAAACACACUUCCACAACCUGCCAUGUGGUGCGUCCAUUAUCCUCGGGAAUAACGGCUUUGUGUGGUUGUAUCCCACGCCGGGACAGCAGGAGGAGGAAGCUGGGGGCUUCUACACCAGUCUGGAGCCUGUUAGCCUGUCAGACCGAGAGGUGAUUUCACGGUUGAGAAACUGCCUGCUGACUUUGUCUGCACACAAGGUCCUCUUGUACGACACAAGUGUUCUCUACUGCUACGAAUCCUCACUUCAGCACCAGGUCAAGGACAUCUUGAAACCAGAGGUGAUGGAGGAGAUUGUGAUGUUGACACAACAGAAGCUGCUGGAACAGGAGGGUUAAAGAGCUCAGAGCUUCAUCACAAAGCCAAAAUUCCAUCAAGCAGCUCUGUGACCUGACUGCUGCUCACUUAUCUGAACAAACAACUGGCUUUUUGUUACAUAUGUCAAAGUGAAGUAUGAGUUGAAACGUUUUGUUUUAUUAAACAAAACUGAUGUUCGCUAUUUGAAUAGAAAAGAUAUGUACAUUUUUUUUAAAAUCAGCAACAUUCAGAAAUCACUGUAGCAGCUGUAUUACACAGGUAUUGUGGAUCAGUUUUGAUAAUGUGUUAUUAUACUAAAACAGUAUUGUAUGCAAUAAAUCUUUCGUAAUUUUUAAA